ACGCGUCGCAGUUAUGGACUCUGGUGAACUGCAGUAUACAUAGAAAAUAUUCUCAGUCUGAAGUGGAUCGGACCUCGGUAUUUUUUGUAUUACUCUUUGAUAAUAGAUAAAAGAAUGGCAUCAGAACUUCCACCUACACUGAAAAAUUUAUUUAGUUACAUUGAUAAUCAUAAAGUAGAAUAUAUCAAUAAUUUAAAGGAAGCAGUAGCUAUAAAAUCUGUCUCAGCAUGGCCGGAUCAUAGAAAUGAAAUAACUAAAAUGAUAAAAUGGGCAGAAGUUAGAUUAAAAAAUCUUGGUGCUACUACAGAAUUAGCAGAUAUAGGAAAACAAACUCUUCCAGAUGGAACUCAGAUCCCUUUGCCACCCAUUUUAUUAGGAACUCUUGGAUCUAAUCCAAAGAAAAGGACCGUUCUUUUGUAUGGACAUUUAGAUGUUCAACCUGCAUUAAAAACAGAUGGUUGGGACACAGAACCAUUUACUCUUGUUGAAAAAGAUGGAAAAUUAUUUGGUCGAGGAAGUACAGAUGAUAAAGGUCCUGUACUAUGUUGGAUACAUGCAUUGCAAGCUUACAAAGCUAUUGGAGUUGAUAUCCCUGUUAAUCUUAAGUUUGUUUUUGAGGGUAUGGAAGAAAGUGGUAGCGAAGGCUUAGAUGAACUUCUUUGGGCACGUAAAGAUACAUUUUUGCAAGGAGUGGAUUAUGUAUGCAUAUCUGACAAUUACUGGUUGGGCACCACAAAACCCUGUAUUACAUAUGGUUUAAGAGGUAUCUGUUACUUCAAUGUGGAAAUAACUUGUGCUGACAAAGAUCUCCACAGUGGUACAUUUGGUGGUAUUGUGUAUGAAGCAGUACCAGACCUGAUUUACCUAUUAAAUACAUUGGUUGAUGUGAAUGGAAAAAUUUUAAUAGAUGGCAUGUACGAUAGUGUAGCUAAAGUUACAGAACAAGAAUUGGAAAGCUAUAAAAAAAUAGAAUUUGAUGUAGCUGAUUUGAAACAGUCUGUUGGAGCCAAAAAAUUGGCUCACAAUGAAGAUAAAAUUCAGCUUUUGAUGCAUAGAUGGAGACAACCCAGCUUAUCGCUUCAUGGAAUUGAAGGUGCAUUUAGUGAGCCUGGUGCAAAGACUGUUAUUCCAAAAAAAGUUAUUGGCAAAUUUUCAAUUAGAAUAGUACCAAAUAUGACACCUGAAGAAACCAUGGAAAAAGUCAAAGCACACAUAAACAAACAUUGGGCUGUUAGGGGUAGUCCAAAUACAAUGAACGUCAUUAUGGGUCAUAGCGGGAAAAGCUGGACUGAAAAUCCCGAUCAUCCACAUUACAUGGCUGGUCGUAAAGCUACCAAACACGUAUAUAAAGUAGAUCCUGAUUUAUCACGCGAAGGUGGAUCAAUUCCAGUUACUUUAACAUUUCAAGAAGUAACAGGUAAAAAUGUAUUGCUGUUACCAGUUGGUGCCGGUGACGAUGGAGCACAUUCUCAAAAUGAAAAGUUAAACAUUCGUAACUACAUUGAAGGCACCAAGUUACUUGGAGCUUAUUUGUAUGAGGUAUCUCAACUUGCAUAAAGUUCAUGUUAUGAAUAUGUGAUCAAAACAAAGUUAUUUUACUUUGUCCAAUACAUCAUAUAUAAGUAUAAUUUCAGGGUGUAGGGUCAGAUAAUAAAAAUGUUAUUUCGUA